GUCACGCGAUGCUGACAUAAGCCCACCCGAGAGCAGCCAAAUCACGGGAUUUUGCUGGCCAGCCGAAUCGCCCGACGUCUUGCGAUCAAUCCCACCAUUUCCGUCCCCUUCCUCAGAUUUAACCCCCCCCCCUCCAACCAACCCUCGCGUCCACCACCAUGUUCGCUCAACGCACCGCCGCUCGCAUGUCCCAGCGUGCUGCUCAGCAGUUCCGCUCCGCCCCGCGCCGUUUCAACAGCACCGGCACCGGCGACAAGUUUCCCUGGGCCGUCGAAAACAGCUUCAACCGUGAGCGGGAGGCUGUCAAGCACCACGCCAACUCGACCAGCGACCUGUGGCGCAAGCUUUCCCUCUAUGCCGUCGUCCCCGUCAUCGUCCUCGGCGCCAUCAACUCCUACAACCUCUGGGAGGAGCACUGGGAGCACUGGGAGCACAUGCCCGCUCUGGAGGAGCGCGUCGAGUACCCCUACCAGAACAUCCGGGUGAAGAACUACCCCUGGGGCGAUGGUGACAAGACCAUCUUCUGGAACAGCUUUGUCAACUACCACAACAAGGACAAGGCUACCUAAGCGUUCCUUGAGCGGACCAGCAAAUGGCUCGAACCCCGCGUCUCCGGGAGAAGCGAAGGACCGGACCUGUAUAUUUACUGCUACUGCUAUGCCACCGCAGCCUGUCUGAAGAUAGAGCGAGAAGUCUGUGCAGAGAGGGGAGAGGGAGGAGCUGUCGUUUGAAUUCACACUUGCCAUACUUGGACUUUGACUUUCCUUUGUCUGAAUCGUACAUUAAAUGUGAUUGUUCUAC